UAUAUGCGUGGGUUGCACGGUAUAUCAGUACUAAUUGUUUUAUUUAAACCGCCCUGUGUCCCAAUCUUAGUGUAUACGCUACAGAUGCUAUCUAACUUAGCGUUAUCCGAUGUACCGAUAUUUUUUAUCGGGAUCGGUCUAUAUAUACGCAAGUUUAAAGUAUUAAAGUUAGUUUAAUUUACUAGUUUAGGUUAGUUCCCACCUGUCCUCUGGCUGAAGUAUAUUCAAAAAAAGAAAAUGGCUAUGUCUAUACACAAUAAUAUUGUUUACGGGCUGGAGGAACGUCAGAUUCCAGUCCACUUGUCGUACUCAGAGUUUUUAUUUGACCAGCUGAAGAAGGGUGGAGAUGAAGUAGCUCUAGAUGCGCUGAUCUUGGGCAUCAAUGAUGCAAGUAGAGGAAUCGACGACGACAAGAACGACAUAGUGACAUUAAAAAUGCAAGACACCAGGUCUAAGACUACCAGAUCAUCUGUGAUUCGGGAUGAAGAUAUAAAUAUUUUUAAAAACAACCCAAAAAAUAUUGUUUUGGCAACUGACACUAUCAUAACAGCCAAGUCUCAUGAUGAUGUCCACCACGCCUCGUUAGCAUCACACCAGCAACAUCAAUCACUUUACACAGAUCUUCAGCCAGACUCCCGUGACCCUCCAGUUUAUACUGAACAUUGUAGUCCCGAGAAAAUCAAGAUUGAAACCUUCGCAAAAUCUUCUAGCACACUGCAUUAUCUUUAUUAUAUUUUCGUUAUAUUAUCAUUAUCAACUACCAAUGUACACUGCCGCGAGAUUGUAGAUAGACCACAGUCUGCACUUGGUGUAACAUAUUCUCAGCCUAUACAGCUAUUAAGAUCAGUUACAAUAGCCAAUAGCCCUAAUAUGUCAAAUGUUAAUUUUGUUUCCCAUAAUGGACCUAGUGGGACAAGAUCAGUAACAAUAAUCAAUAGCCCUAAUAUGUCAAAUGUAAAUUUUAUAUUCAAUGAUGGACCUGGUGCAACAAUAACAGUUAGAAUAACCAACUGCGCUAAUAUGUCAAACGUUGCUUUUAUUUUUAAUGCUGCAGCAGGAUCAAUAACAGCUACACUAACAAAUUGCGCUGGCAUGUCACAUGUAACAUUUGUUUUCAAUGCUGCACCUGGUGGAAGAAUAACAGAUACAGUAAUCAAUCUUCCUAAUAUGUCAAAUGCUACAUAUAUUUACAACUAAAUUUGUCACAAGCAUGUAAAUUUUAAACUCGCAAAUAUUAGCAACGCAUAUGUUCGAAACCGACUUGAAUCUACCGUGACAAAAUGGAGCCCGCGUAAACAUCACUGCACCCAUUAUGAAUGAGAGGCGGCUUAAUUCAACCGUACGCUUCUUUUUCCUGGGUCCUAUCCAAAUCUUUAUCGUACUCUUAGUAAUAAAUUAAACUGAGUUAACAUAAAAAUAGUUCUUGAUAGUUAUGUAGUUCUUUAAAAAUAUAAUAUUAGUAUAUAAGUAAAAUUGACUAACUGAAACAAACUUGUCAAAUGUUUAAUAUAUUUCCAAAUAUUACUAUGAAAUAUCGUUUUAGCUCAUGAACAUUCUCAGUCGUAAAAAUUACACUAUUAAAGCAAUCCGAAUAACAGAAUACGAUAAUAAAAUAAAAUAAAUUACAAUCAUAAAAUGAAUGAUAAUAAAACAUAUAGUAUAAAACAAAAUUAAACAUAGGUACAUAAAAAACAAUUAAA